AUGACGUUUUAUCGCAACGCUAUACUCCUCUCGCUGAUCAUCUGCCUUGACGCUUUACCACCUGUAUGUGACCGAGAUGUUUAUUGUUAUGGCGAAAUAUUGAGGGUGGUACAAAUGGCUGAGUUGUACCCAGACUCUAAAACAUUUGUCGAUAAAAAGCUCAAACAUAAUAUUGAUCUGAUCCGGAGAAAUUUUGCUAUUAUGAUGGAAACAACAAAUAAUAAACCAUCCAGACGAGCUUUACAAGAAUUUGUUGACAAAAAUUUCGACCCAGCGGGUUCCGAAUUCGAGGAAUGGCACCCAAGUGAUUGGAAAAAAACACCUCACUUUAUAGACUUGAUCGAGGAUAAUCAAUAUAGACAUUGGGUAAUAUACCUCAACGAGCAGUGGAAGCAGCUGGGAAGAAAUAUCAAGGAGGAUGUGGAGAAGAAUCCGUAUAGCUAUUCGCAGAUCUAUGUUCCCUACCCGAUGAUAGUUCCAGGAGGAAGGUUCAGGGAGUACUACUAUUGGGAUUCCUAUUGGACCAUCAGGGGUCUCCUCCUUUGCGGCAUGAUCACCACUGCACAAGGUAUGUUGUUUAAUUUUGGCUCAUUAGUUAAAGUUUUGGGCUUUAUUCCUAACGGGGGUAGGGUCUAUUAUCUCAACCGAUCUCAACCACCACUCUAUAUACCAAUGUUCAAAACGUAUUUCGACGCCACCAGGGAUAUCGAUUUUUUAGAGUCACAGAUCGAGAAUCUCGAGAAAGAAUACUUCUUUUGGAUAGAAGAAAGAACUGUUGAAGUCGAAAAAAACGGAAGAACGUUUAAAAUGGCUUUUUAUAACACUGAAACAGAUGGUCCUAGGCCUGAAUCAUAUGAAGAAGAUGUUCACGCAGCCGCAAAUUUCAGUGGGGCCGAAGUUCAGGAAUUUUUUAAUGAGCUUAAAUCAGCUGCAGAAUCUGGUUUCGAUUUUUCUUCCAAGUGGUUCGUGGACAAGUCUGGUGAGAGAGCUACCAGCUUCGAUGACACUAAAACAAGGUACAUUAUUCCUGUCGAACUCAACUCAUACUUAUGUAUGAAUGCUAGGCUGUUGGCUGAAAUGUUUGGGGAGUUGGGUAUGGAAAAUAAACGUCAAAAAUACAUUCAAUUAUACUAUGAAUGGGUGAGAAACGUUGAAGAUUUGUUUUGGGAUGAAGAAAAAGGGAUAUGGUUUGACUAUGACAGGAUCAAUAAUAAAUCUAGACCCUACUUCUACCUCACCAAUUUUGUUCCACUAUGGGCCAAGUGUUAUGACACCUCUAAUAAGGACAAAUAUGCGGAAUCGGCUAUAAAGUACUUGAAUAGUGAAGUUAAAAAAUCAGUUUAUAUUGGUGGUCUUCCAUUUUCAACAAUGAAUUCUGGAGAGCAAUGGGAUAUGCCGAACUCCUGGCCACCUUUAGUGUACAUGGUUGUGAUAGGAUUGAUAAAAACUGGGAACCAGGAAGCAGCAGAUGAAGCUUACUUUUGGGCAGAUCGAUGGAUUAGAAGCUGCCAUGCUGCAUUUAUGAGAACGAAUAAAAUGUUUGAAAAGUACUCAGCGGUUAAUGUCGGAGUAUACGGGGGUGGAGGAGAAUACGGCGUUCAGGUCGGUUUUGGAUGGACAAAUGCUGUUGUAAUGGAGUUCUUGUAUAUUUACCAUGACAGACUGUUCUCCUCAGUAAAUUCGCUCUGGAACACUGCCGUGACAGACACACCGAGCAGAGUCCCAUUGAUCUGGAGAGAAGAGGGUGACGCCCGCAGAAGACGGAACUCCUUGGCCCCACCAAUCCUAGCGGUAACCCUGGUGGUGGGCUAUGUCUGCUUAGGUGCCUGGCUCUGGGCCUCCUGGCACCGCCUAUCCUUCCUCGAAGGCCUCUACUUCACCUUCUCCGCCCUCACCACUAUCGGCCUCGCGGACUCAGGAAGGAUACCUGCUAAGAGGCAAGAGAUUCAUCUCCUCUUCACAUGCCUCUUCAUCCUGGUCGGCCUCAUUGUGAUAGCAACCGCUUUCGCUCUUGUUCAGGAACAAGUCAUAAGCAAGACUCGCCAACUCGCCGUUUCCUUAGGUGUUGUCAAAAAGGAGGAACUAUCAGUAUGAUAAUCGUACCAGUGACAAUAUGGUAUCCAUUUCCUUUAAAUCCUUCUGCCUUGUACAAACGGGAUUGAAGUACUUUCAAAUUUAUUCAAAUAGACAAUAAGAAAAGUGGAAUGUUUAUAUUGAUUUGUUACUUUAAUAGUUAUUGAUUAAGGUGACCAAAUGUUGAAUUUCUAUUUCAAAAAAUUUGUUGCUCUGUUAUAUUAUCUUUAUUUAAGGCCUGAAAUAUUCAAUUUGAUAUCACCAAAUUUUUUGUUCUUCAAGACCAGUGGCUCUUAACCUUGUUAGAUAUUGAUACAGCCUUCACCUAAACAUAAUGCUUCCAUCACUUUGAAACUUUUAAAUCUAAAGAUAACUUCUUGAACUCUCUUGAUAAAUAAAUACCUCAGCUAGGAAAUUAAAUCUAUUUGAAAAAAACAACACUUUUUUUAUUAUUAUAAACAUGUUUAUUUUUAUUUUAUUUUUGAAAGUCACGAUGAUAUCAAAACUUUUUUCAUCAACUUAGAGAUUUUUUUAAUAGUAUCGCUUUUUCCUUGUUCUGGAUUAUAUUUAAUUGAAUUUUGGGGGAUAACUUUAUUUUUUGAGAGUUUAAUUGUAGAGAACUUUCAAACAAACGAAAAAACUAAAAUACAUUUGCACCCCUUUUAAGAGGAGGGCAAAAUAUUUUCUUGGGAGGGUUUAACGGGCAGCCCUGGAUAGAACUAUAAUAGUAUUUGCCAAAUUGACAUUGAAUUACCUUUUCUUUCUUUUUUUCCUCACUUAUACUACAUUUAUUAAAUUUCUUGUUCCAGAUGUUUUGAAGCAUUGUGUUUGUAAUUACUUUGUAUUAUAUUGCAAUAUUUGGUAUUCUAUCAUGGCUAAAGAACCUUUAUCUUAUAUUUUUGUAGGAAAGUAUCAAGAGAAUAAGUCUAAGAAAAGAAAAAAAAAAAUUCCCAUUUCUGGGGAUGCCUCUGGCUAAGAACUACUAUUCUAGAUGGAUAUGAAUUACUACUAGAUAGAUAUGAACAAAGGCCAUUUAACUAAAGAAAAAAUGAAUGUACUGUUUAUUAUAAGUGAAUUAUUUGCCUAAAUUUUAAGGUACCUUUCACAACAUUGCCUCUUGUAUUCUUCUGUAAUUCUUUUAGUCUACUUAUAGACUAGGCAAUAUAGGAAAAAUAGGUGAAGGUUUGGUUUUUUCUUAAUUUAGGUAAAUUCCAGUUUUUUGGAUCGCUGAACACGAAACUGAUGUUUGCUGACAGAAAUUUUGUCCAGAACCUUGUUUUGUUAUUUAAAUGUCCAAAUUUUGACAUUUCUUUUGUUCAUCAAAUAUAAAUAGAAAACUAUGUUUUUUUUUAGAAGACAUAAAAUAUUAAAACUUAUACAAAAUUAUAAUUAACAAAACCGCCUCCAUUUCGUGUCAGUUAAGUUUUUCUCGAUGAUAACAACUAAACUGCUGAAGUGUACUGUAAAAAGAGUCUAAUUCUGAAAGAUGGUAACAUGUUAUUAAACGUUAUAAAACUCGCAAAAUACAUGGAAAACAUUUAUAUUUGGUAUAUUGGAGCAAGCAUCAAUGUUAUACCAGAACGACUGCCAAAUAGCUCAACAAAUUUGUCUCCAACCAUGUAACAGUAAGGCUUCUUUCACAUUAAAGAUGCAGGACGCUGGAGGCAGGAUGCAUCUUAAACACUGAACUCUGUGCAAUAGAACGAGAUCUUUCAUCCCGAAGAAGCAAGUGUGUCUUUCAGUCUGGAAGCAAGUGCGUCUUGCAGCCUGGAUGCAAGAGGCACGUGCAUCUUCAGAACCAGCCAGCUGGAGAUUUUUAGUGUGCAUCUUUGUUACGCUGGUCUUGCAUACUCGCCCCUUCCACCUCAGCCAGCCUGAAGCAAAAUAUUUUUGAGAAGCAAUCUGCCCUCUCCCUUCUCAAUUUUCUCUAAGCUCUUGUGAUUGACGUCUCUAUCAAUUUCUUUUUUUAUUUUCAACUAUUGUUUUCUUUUUUUUAUCUAUUGUUUAAUUUUUUAACUAUGGGUUUUUUUCAAUCAAUUGCUCUGAUUUUCAACUAUUUUCUUGUUAUUACCAUGGAAGGUUUAAAAUUGUAUGCCAAAAUUUCAAUAAAUCUUUAGUAAUCUAUUUUAUAGUACGUCUGAAACUUCACUGGAUGGUUUAGUAAUUGCUGAGACACCAUAGUAGGGCUAUAAUCUCCAGCAUUAUUCCUGUGUGAAUGCUACCAUAAACGAUUUCUUCUUUGUCUUUGUCUUCUUCAUACUGUACAAGCCAGAAUUAUAAUUUUGUCGCCUGAAGAGUAGGAUGAUUCAUCUAUCAAACUCACGGACUAAACUAACACAGAUAAUGGUUAUAAAUAGAAGAUGCAAGAAGCACGUGCAUCCUUAGUGUGAAAGCUCUUGCAUCUUCGGUGUGAAAGGUGCCUAAGAGCAGUUCUUCACCUGCCAAGCUCAGAAGAGAAAUCAUUGAUGGACUAAAAAAAAAAAUCAAAUCUAUACAGUUAUAACUAUUUUAAGAUCAUGAGACAAGAAUACAAUAGACAUAGACACUUCUUCUCCUUCCACGGCACUACAACUCAUGAAGAGUCUUGGCCUCCUCAAGACGUAUCCGCCAGGCGUCUCUAUCCUGUGCAGCCGCUUUCCAGUUAUGUACAUCAAGUAGGACACGUGCAUCCCUUGCCACACAAUCCUUCCUACCGUGUUCACAGCCGUGAUCUUCCUACUUUCCUAGAGCCUUGUUCAUUGCGCUCCAUAGUUAUUUUGGAAUUUCAUCAUUUUGCAUCCUCGCCACAUGCCCUAGCCAUCGCAGUCUUCAUAGGCACUUCUGUUACUUAUAGAAAUAAUAACAAGCAAGUAAAUAACAGCCUAAUUGUUGAAGGGAAACAACUGUUUAAAUACUUUAAAACAUCAGAGUUGAAUGUCAAAAAUUUCUUUUAUAUUAUUUAGGUCCUUUUAUGUUUUAGUUUAUUAGGUUAAUAUUAAAACAGGCUUUGAAUAGAAGGGUGGUUGAGGUGAUCAGUCAAAAUAAAAAUAGUAAAAAUAAAUAAUUACAUUUAUUUUUAUAUUUGCCGAAAUUCAGGCCUUCAUCAGGACUGUUCAAUCCAAGAAGCUUGGAAAGACGUCUUUCCAUUACCACAUGUCUUUCCACGCUUCUUGGAGUGAACAGCCCUGAUGAAGGCCUGAACUUAGGGCAGAAACAUUGGCAAAUAUAAAAAUAAAUAUAAUUUCUUAUUUUGACAUAUCACCCCCAACCAUCCUUCUCUUCAAUUAUUCACUACAGUCAACCAUCAAUCCACAAUUAUAAAGCAGAUUUUAUUUUGCAUAUAUUUCAUUAUAUAUAUAUAUAUAUAUAUAUAUAUAUAUAUAUAUAUAUAUAUAUAUAUAUAUAUAUAUAUAUAUAUAUAGGGGCCGGGGUAGCCUUGCGGGUUAAACAACAUCGAGUGUGACUAGCACUUGGAUGGGUGACCGUCCACCAAGGAAAGCAAUGCUGGCCGAAAUUCAUCCUCUCCCUCCCUCCCACCCCUCCCCGCGGGUAUGGGAGUCCCGUCAGCCUACUGGAGGCAACUCACACCGACAGGGCAUAGGAUUGAUAACCCUACACCAUACUUUAAAUCGAAAAUCAGGAUGCGGUUUAGGAGACCAUAUUCGCGGUCAAAGAUUUUCAUGGUCUGUAGCACCAGCCGAAAGAAAAAAUAUAUAAAUAUAUAUUUAAAGUAAUUAUUUUUUCUAAAGGUUCUGGAUAAAAUUUGUGGCAAUAAACCUCACAUGCAUGUUCACCCAACCAAAAAUUUUACUAUACCAUAAUUUACUACUAUAAGAAAACAUCCCUCCAAUUGCCUUUACCUGUCCUAGUUUUAUUGGGCUAUUAAGCAUGUGUGUUUAUGAAAAACAAAAAUUAAUUUGCUAUUAAAAACAGAACAUUAUUAACUGGACAUAAUAUAUAAAAAUAUAAUAGAUAAAUAAAGAUUAAAAAUAUAACAAAAUGAUUUGUUAAAUUUAACAAUAAAGUGUGUUAAGGUUAAACAACUAUUAUUUUUAUUCUGAUAUUCUUAAAUUCAAGAUCUGUCUUUUUGGUUUAUUAAUAACUUUUAUGAUUAUAAACGAAUUUCUGAAUUUUAAUGAAAUUCAAAAUAGUAAAAUAUUUAUUUUAAAAUAAAAAUAAAAAGAAUUUAUGAUUAUUAGGCUUCUUCAAGACUUAAAAACAAAAUAAAGUUACAUCUGUUCUAUAAGACUACUAGGAUAGUUUAUCAACUUAGUGUGAAACAAUAAUUAUUAAAGACAAAUGAAAUUAAUUAAGAGACUAUCAGUGUCAGAGAUAAUUCAGUGUGUUUUAAUUUUCUCUUAAAAUACAAUUCAAUUUUUAAAGAAACCCUAUACAAACCUUUGGUGUUAUUAAUACAUAUAUCAUUACUGUAAUAUUUGUUUACAAGUAUUUUUUUCUUGAAGGCCUAUUUUAGAGGAUUAUUGGGUCUAACUUUCUGCUGUGGUCAGUGCUAGAAAGUAUAAGCCAUGUUUAAAUUACUAAUUCUUGACUAAGCCUAAUCCUGUAGCCUGCUCCAUAUUAUGUGAUUAACCGAUAGUUUAUUAUGUGGCAAUGAAAUAAUGUUCAACAGUAUUAUUUGGCUAAGAAAUCAGGCAGUUUAUCUUGCUGCAGGCAAGUUAUGUUCAUAAAAUCCUAACCAACUAUCUUCUACCAAUAUAACAUUGAGCAGACUGUAUAUAUAUAUCAAAUAUUAGCAUUAUUCAACUUUAUUGUUGUUUGUUGUAAAUACUGCUGUAAAUAUGUUUAUGACUGUAUUUAUAUUGAAAAAUUAUCAUGUAUAUAAUUUAUAUAGAUACAUACCUAAAAAUCAAUGUUGAUAAAUACAAAAAUGAUAUCACUUGUACAUUAAAUGUCUUUACAGUAUGAUGUUGUUAUUUCUUCAAAGUAUUCUUUUUUUUUAUAUCUUAUUAUAUUAAUAUUACUCCUCAAAUUUCUUAAAGCACCAUUGAAGUCAAAAAGAACUGUUCAAGUGCAAAAUUUAAGGUUUGUUUUGGAGAGAUAAAAAUAUUUUCCAGAAACUAUUGAAGGUUUUUAUGAGAUUCCUGGUCAGUUCUUGAUAGGAAGCUAGACAUAAACCUAUGUUCUGAUGAUGAACAACCAGAAUAAACAUAUGUAGACUGAAAAUUCUGACUAUCUAUCAACCUGUUUAACUUUUAAAAUAGUCAACAAAAAAUAUCUCUAUAAAAAAUUAUUCUUAUGCACACUUUAUGAGACAUAUAAUGGUAUUGAUGCUAUUUACAGUCCACUAUAUCUACAUUUUUUAGACCAAAUUAACAGCGCUAUAUGUCUUAAAACUUUAUAAAAGCAGAUUUUAUUUAGAGGACAAGUUUUUUUUUUUUUUUUUUUUUUUUUUUUUUUUUUUUUUUUUUUUUUAAAUGAAGGUAACUACAGGAGCAAUAAUGCUUUUAGGUGAAUUUUCAUAUUAACUUUUUUGUAUAUAACAGGUAGACUGUAAUUUAUUGUGAAAAUUAGAAACAAUACCCUUAUACACAAACAACUUUAUACAAUCUUAUUUAUUUCAUUUGGUUCCCAGAGCUUUCGGUGCUCUGUACCAUAUUCAUCUAAAAAAUUUAUUAUAUACAUAUAUAUCACAAAAUACAAUAUAAUUUCCAAUUGUCACUUAGAAUUCUUUCAUGUUUCUACAUACCUUUUCAAGCUAGUUCUAUCUGCUUUGGAUACCCUUCUUUAGAAUUUGUUUUCCAAUUAUUGCAGAUUGUUGUCGUACUGUAUAAAAAUAAUUAAAAAAAUUAUCUAUAUUUGGGUUAAAAAUCAAAAGCAAAAGAUUUAAAAAAAUGGUGUAAUAGAAAAUUGUUAUUGUUAUAAUCUGUUCUAUCUAUUCUAUUGUAAUUAAUUAGUAGUAAGAAUUUAUUUGCAGUAUCACUUACUAUAGGGGAAGAGAGGACUCUAUUUGCAACUUAUUUUCCCAUAUUUGGUCUUACUCUGGGGUUUGAACACGCUUUAUCAUCCAAUCCUUCACCCCAAAGUUAUCAUAUCCCCCUCUACCA